AUGGCAACUCUUACAUCCCUCCUCCUUACCGCGCUUGCGGUGUCAGUAUCCGCAACAGUUGAAAACCCAAAGACUCAACCGACACCUCCCAUGGGCUUCAACAAUUGGGCACGCUUCAUGUGCAAUCUCAAUGAAACUCUCUUUGUCAAAACUGCAGAUGCAAUGGUAUCCAAAGGCCUCCUUGCCGCAGGCUACGACAACAUAAAUUUGGAUGACUGUUGGCUACUCCGUGAACGUAACGCAAAGAAAGAGCUGCAAUGGGACCCUGAACUAUUCCCACACGGCAUACCUUGGCUAGCAGACUACUUGCACACCCGCGGCUUCAAGUUUGGUAUCUACGAGAACGCCGGCAAUAUGACCUGUGGCUGGUACCCUGGAUCCCAAGACCACGAAGAAAUCGACGCCAAAACAUUCGAGAGCUGGGGAGUCGACUAUCUCAAGCUUGACGGUUGCCACAUGGACCUCCAAAAGGGGCGAUCGUAUUACGAGGAAUUCGAAUACCGAUACAAACUCUGGCAUAAAGUCAUGGGGAAUCUCAAGAAACCUUUCAUCUUCUCGCAAUCAGCACCUGCGUACUUCUCGCCGAACUUUCAUUUGGAUAAGAAUAAUACAGAUUGGUAUCGCACAAUGGAGUAUGUGCGCAAGAAUGGAGAGCUUGCACGGCACUCCGACGACAUCAAGGUCUACAGCACGCUCGCUAACCAGACCUUCGAGCCUGGCGGUCAUUGGGAUAGUAUGAUGAAUAAUUACGGCAUGGAAGUGCGACUUGCACGCUACCAGUCGUGCGGUUUCUACAACGACCCCGAUUUUCUGACUAUCGAUUGGCCAGAUCUAUCCAUGGAUGAGAAGAAAACUCAUUUCGCACUUUGGAGUUCCUUCUCCGCGCCUUUGAUCUUGAGCGCCUGGAUCCCAGAUUUAAAGAAGGAGGACAUCGAGUAUCUGACGAACAAGGAUAUCAUAGCGGUGGAUCAGGAUGCGCUAUGCGAACAGGCAACACUAGUGAGCCAGGAUGGCGACAUCGAUGUUUUAACAAAAAACUUGGCGAAUGGGGAUCGGCUGCUCACAGUCUUGAAUAGAAGUGACAAGACAAAGAGCACGACGAUCUCCCUCACGCGCCUCGGCCUCGAUAGUAGUGGAUUCUACAAAGCGAAGGAUCUCUGGACCGGCAAAACAAGUAGCGUGAAGAAGGCCAUAGAAGUUAAGCUUCGCACACAUCAAACGACUAUCUUGCGCAUCUCUACUUCUGAAGGCAAGAACAAUCUGACCAUUACUCCCACCGGCCAGAUCUUCAACACCUUCUCUCUAAACUGUCUGACGGAAUCUACUUCCCACAGCUCGUCGUCCGUCAAGUUCACGGGAUGCAAUGCGGCGGAUGAGCAAGUCUGGCAAAUUGCUUCGACGGGGCUUGUCAGUCCUUUAUCGUCGAACAAGUGUUUGAGUGUUGAUGAUGGCAAGGUGUCGUUGGAACGAUGUUCGGAGAAAGAUAAGAGUCAGGUGUGGAGUUAUGGCGUUAGUGGUAAUCUGGUAAAUGGUGCCAAGGGACUUUGCCUGGAAGAAGGUAGUAAGAGUGCUGUAGCAAAGAAGUGUGGUUAUGAUUUGGAUAGCCAGGUGUUUGCGCUACCUGGAGGUGUAAAGUUGGAGAACUGA